GGACGGUAUUGGAGGAAGGAAGUUGUGUGAGGAAGUAGUUGCGCAUGCGCGGGAGGAAGGGCUGUAUCAUGGAGACUGCAAAGGCGACUGCUGCUGCUCCGGCUGCUGAAGAAGGACUCCAACAGGCCGUCAAACAUGAUCCUGCUGUUGAAACAGCAGAAGAAGCUACAGAACCAGCAGAAGCAGAUAUCAAUGAGCUUUGUAAGGAUAUGUUCAACAAAAUGGCAGUUUAUCUGACAGGUGAACUGACUGCCACUAGUGAAGACUACAAGCUGUUGGAAAAUAUGAACAAAUUGACUAGUUUGAAGUACCUUGAAAUGAAAGAUAUUGCAAUAAAUAUAAGUCGAAAUCUGAAAGAUUUGAAUCAGAAAUAUGCUGGACUUCAGCCAUAUCUGGAGCAAAUCAAUCUAAUUGAAGAACAAGUGGCAGCUUUGGAACAGGCAGCUUACAAACUGGAUGCAUAUUCAAAGAAACUUGAAGCAAAGUACAAAAAACUGGAGAAACGAUGAAAGGACAUUAUGCAAUGAGACUUUUUUUGUAAAACAUAUGGCUCUUCCAUGCAAGAAAUAGGAUCAUGCGUCACUGACUUUCUGGAUUUUACAGAAUUUGUUAUAAAAAAGCAUUCUUGAAUAGAGUUAUGUGGGAACUCCUAGGAGCUGCAGUGGCUGCCCUUGGCUGAAAUCUUCUCCUGUAGAACCUAUCUUUUCUGGAUGUUCUUUUUUUUACUCAUUUUACAGGGGAUUAAUAUCAAGGCCACUCCUAGCUGCUUCAGCAAUCUGACACAGUAAUUUCCCCAUUACUAAUAUUUCUGCACUUACUCCCCUACGAUACAUAUGAUGAAUGUUGUGCUUUGCAGAGAUAUUGAUUUGUGAAAAUGAUGGCUACCAAUAUACUGUGAUAGCUACUAAAAUGGUAUGGCCUUACUGUAAAGUCUGUGUACGUGUUGUUUUUGAGAAAUAUAUAAUAGCUAGAAAGUAACAUAAAACUAUUUGCAGUAGGAGGAUAAUCUUCAGAUUUUUUUGGAGUGGUAUCUUUGUAGAUCAGUCCAGACUGUUUUCUCUUUGUGUCAUGAUUAGGCAGAAUAUGCAUGGGACUGGCUGGUUCUAAGUUUGCCCUGUCUCAGCAGCUACUUGACCUGUGGCUGAAGAUAACUGGUUUUUUGCCAGUUUGUGAUGGGUUUAUUAUAUUAGAGUUUUGGUCAGGCAUGGGCAAACUUCAUCCUUCCAGGUGUUUUAUAUUUCAACUCCAAUAGUGGAAAUUGAAGUUCCAAAAACCUGGAGGACUAAAGUUUGCCCAUGCCUGGCUUAGAUGGUGAUAAUAUCCCAUAGGUAGAGCUACAUCUCCUUUAAAAUUUAAUUCAGAAUCAUUUUAAAAAGUUACCCAAGAAUGCCAGGAUGGAAAGUGGUACUGUAAGGUGACUGCUAAAGAACUACCAGUCUUGCCCACAAUUCUUCAUACGAACAAUUAAUCUAACUUUCUAAGCGGUUUCUUGCUAGCAAGGCUUGGAAUUCUUGCCUCCCUGCCAUGAACUUGUAAUGUCUCGCAGCCCACAGCUGAUGGUUCCUCCAUUUCUAUUCCACUCGGUGCUCACCCUGUUCUUUCAACCCAAAUUUAUUUUGGAGAUCUGAUAUCUCUGAACAAUUACAUUAAUGUUAGUGUAGUGCAACUGCAAAGUAUGUAAGGUUUCAGAGUAACAUGUAAAUUAAAAUGGUUGAGACAAUGAGUAGUGAAGAAAAACCUGGAAUUUUGUUGAUAAACACAGAGAACAGUGUCAAACAUUUUCUACAGUAGAUACAAUUUGUAAUAUGGGACCCUAAAGCAGUGCCCAUUCCAUUUAGAAGAAUCGGCAAAUGCUCUAUUUUCAAAAAUUGGAGUCCUCUCUCUAGUUCAGGAAUGAUUGGUGGGUGUUGUCUAGUUUCCAUUAGGUCUGACUUCCUGAAUUGUAAUUAUAGCCAGACGUGGCACUGUGAUAUAUACACAUAUUAAUCAUGCAGAAAUGUGCAGGUGCAUUAACUCUGGGAUCUGAUCAACAUGACUGUUAGUAUAGCAUUUAUUGGCUCCCAUUACGAUCACCAGCACAAUGCCGGUGUUGUCAAUAUCUCUUUGAAUUAUAAGCAGACUUCCUCAGUAGGUCUUCUCUGUGCAGGAACUCAGCAUGAACAUGUGACUACUUACUAUUUCAGAUGUAUGUUUUUGAUACUUGCCUAAAUCCAAAUUCAGUGAUAGAGGCCUAUAAAUAUGUAUUAUACAUCAACACAUAUAUAUUUUGUUAUUUGUGCCUCUGUGUUCUUUUUGACUUCUUAUGUAUAGGUAAAGUUGAUUGACAAUUAUCCUUUUGCCAUCCUGUUACUAAAUUGCUACAUUGAUCUUUAACCUUACAGAUUUGGACUAUGGAAAAGAACAGUGAUUUGCGUGGAUUAGCUUCUAAAUUUAGCUGUAUCUUUUAACUUGCUGAGCAGCAUAUGAAGAUGCAGAAUUGGAUCAUUGUUCUGUCUAGCUCAAUAUAAUCUGGUUCAGGACUGAGAAACUGUUGCCCAUAUGGAGCUGAACUCCAGUGCCCAUGAUCUUUACCAUUACCUAAACUGGAUCAAAGAGUUCAUGGGUCCUAGGAGAUCCCAAUUAAUAAAAUGGGGACAGCAGACACCUCAAAUGUCUGUUAAUUAGAGAAGAGUCUUCCUCAAACUUCGCCUGGUAUUAAACUAAGGACUUAGUGCAUACAAAGUGUGUACAACUGAAUUUCAGGCUCCUAUUAAAUUUGGACAGCUGAAAUCACCUCAGUUACUCUCUACCUCAAUCUAGCAUGAAACGUUUGCAUUUCUACAUUAACUUUUCACAAUAGUGUUCAAUUUAGUAUAUAGCAAGAGCUCUAACUGUACGAUGAUUUCACAUAUUUAAGUGAAGUAAUGCACAAUAAUUUUUAAUAAAACAUUCUUACAAGGCAAA